AUGGGCUACAAUAUCCUCAAACUCAACAGCAACAAAACAGAACUCAUCCUCACCGAACCCAAAUCCCUCCUCCCCUCUGCCCAGAACAUCUCCCUCACCAUCAAUGGCCACUCGGUCACUCCCUCCCCCUCUGUCACUCCCUCCCCCUCUGUCACUCCCUCCCCCUCUGUCACUCCCUCUCCCUCUGUCACUCCCUCUCCCUCUGUCACUCCCUCUCCCUCUGUCACUCCCUCUCCCUCCCCCUCUGUUACUCCCUCUCCCUCUGUCACUCCCUCCCCCUCUGUCACUCCCUCUCCCUCUGUCACUCCCUCUCCCUCCCCCUCUGUUACUCCCUCUCCCUCUGUCACUCCCUCCCCCUCUGUCACUCCCUCCCCCUCUGUCAUUCCCUCUCCCUCUGUCACCCCUCCCCCUCUGUCACUCCCUCCCCCUCUGUCACUCCCUCCCCCUCUGUCACUCCCUCUCCCUCUGUCACUCCCUCUCCCUCUGUCACUCCCUCUCCCUCUGUCACUCCCUCUCCCUCCCCCUCUGUCACUCCCUCUCCCUCUGUCACUCCCUCCCCCUCUGUCACUCCCUCCCCCUCUGUCAUUCCCUCUCCCUCUGUCACCCCUCCCCCUCUGUCACUCCCUCCCCCUCUGUCACUCCCUCCCCCUCUGUCACUCCCUCCCCCUCUGUCACUCCCUCCCCCUCUGUCACCCCUCCCCCUCUGUCACCCCUCCCCCUCUGUCACUCCCUCCCCCUCUGUCACCCCUCCCCCUCGGCCACAACCUCUCUGCACAACCUCAGCGUUAUACUGGACUCCACCCUUACAUUCAAACCACAUUCAAACUAAACUAUAUCACCAAAACAGCCUUUUUAUACCUUCACAACAUCACCUGUCUCUGCCCCUCCCUCAUCAUCACCGUCUCCGCCCCUCCCUCAUCAUCACCCGCCUCCUCCCCUCCCUCAUCAUCACCCGCCUCCUCCCCUCCCUCAUCAUCACCCGCCUCCUCCCCUCCCUCAUCAUCACCCGCCUCCUCCCCUCCCUCAUCAUCACCCGCCUCCUCCCCUCCCUCAUCAUCACCCGCCUCCUCCCCUCCCUCAUCAUCACCCGCCUCCUCCCCUCCCUCAUCAUCACCCGCCUCCUCCCCUCCCUCAUCAUCACCCCCUCCUCCCCUCCCUCUCAUCACCCGCCUCCUCCCCUCCCUCAUCACACCGCCUCCUCCCCUCCCUCAUCAUCACCCGCCUCCCUCCCCUCCCUCAUCAUCCCGCCUCCUCCCUCCCUCAUCAUCCCCCCUCCUCAUCUCCCCGCCUCCUCCCCUCCUCAUCACCCGCCUCCUCCCCUCCCUCAUCAUCACCCGCCUCCUCCCCUCCCUCAUCACCCCGCCUCCUCCCCCUCCCUCAUCAUCCCGCCUCCUCCCCUCCCUCAUCAUCACCCGCCUCCUCCCCUCCCUCAUCACCGCCUCCUCCCCUCCCUCAUCAUCACCCGCCUCCUCCCCUCCCUCAUCUUUCGCCUCCUCCCCUCCCUCAUCACCCGCCUCCUCCCCUCCCUCAUCAUCCCGCCUCCUCCCCUCCCUCAUCAUCACCCGCCUCCUCCCCUCCCAUCAUCACCGCCUCCUCCUCCCUCUCCCUCAUCAUCACCCGCCUCCUCCCCUCCCUCAUCAUCACCCGCCUCCUCCCCUCCUUCAUCUUUCCCUCCUCCCCUCCCUCUCCCCAUCAUCACCCGCCUCCUCCCCUCCCUCAUCAUCACCCGCCUCCUCCCCUCCUUCAUCUUUCGCCUCCUCCCCUCCCUCAUCUUUCGCCUCCUCCCCUCCCUCAUCAUCACCCGCCUCCUCCCCUCCCUCAUCACCCGCCUCCUCCCCUCCCUCAUCAUCACCCGCCUCCUCCCCUCCUUCAUCACCCGCCUCCUCCCCUCCCCCCUCAUCAUCCCCGCCUCCUCCCCUCCCCUCAUCAUCACCCGCCUCCUCCCCUCCCUCAUCACCCGCCUCCUCCCCUCCCUCCAUCAUCACCCGCCUCCUCCCCUCCCUCAUCUUUCGCCUCCUCCCCUCCCUCAUCUUUCGCCUCCUCCCCUCCUUCAUCUUUCGCCUCCUCCCCUCCCUCAUCUUUCGCCUCCUCCCCUCCCUCAUCAUCACCUGCCUCCUCCCCUCCCUCAUCACCCGCCUCCUCCCCUCCCUCAUCACCCGCCUCCUCCCCUCCCUCAUCACCCGCCUCCUCCCCUCCCUCAUCAUCACCCGCCUCCUCCCCUCCUUCAUCUUUCGCCUCCUCCCCUCCCUCAUCAUCACCCGCCUCCUCCCCUCCCUCAUCACCCGCCUCCUCCCCUCCCUCAUCACCCGCCUCCUCCCCUCCCUCAUCAUCACCCGCCUCCUCCCCUCCUUCAUCUUUCGCCUCCUCCCCUCCCUCAUCAUCACCCCCCUCCUCCCCUCCCUCAUCACCCGCCUCCUCCCCUCCCUCAUCAUCACCCGCCUCCUCCCCUCCCUCAUCAUCACCCGCCUCCUCCCCUCCUUCAUCUUUCACCUCCUCCCCUCCCUCAUCAUCACCCGCCUCCUCCCCUCCUUCAUCUUUCACCUCCUCCCCUCCCUCAUCACCCGCCUCCUCCCCUCCCUCAUCAUCACCCGCCUCCUCCCCUCCUUCAUCUUUCGCCUCCUCCCCCCUCCCUCAUCUUUCGCCUCCUCCCCUCCCUCAUCAUCACCCGCCUCCUCCCCUCCCUCAUCACCCGCCUCCUCCCCUCCCUCAUCAUCACCCGCCUCCUCCCCUCCUUCAUCUUUCGCCUCCUCCCCUCCAUCAUCAUCACCCGCCUCCUCCCCUCCCUCAUUAUCACCCGCCUCCUCCCCUCCUUCAUCUUUCGCCUCCUCCCCUCCCUCAUCAUCACCCGCCUCCUCCCCUCCCUCAUCACCCGCCUCCUCCCCUCCCUCAUCAUCACCCGCCUCCUCCCCUCCCUCAUCACCCGCCUCCUCCCCUCCCUCAUCACCCGCCUCCUCCCCUCCCUCAUCAUCACCCGCCUCCUCCCCUCCUUCAUCUUUCGCCUCCUCCCCUCCCUCAUCAUCACCCGCCUCCUCCCCUCCCUCAUCACCCGCCUCCUCCCCUCCCUCAUCAUCACCCGCCUCCUCCCCUCCCUCAUCAUCACCCGCCUCCUCCCCUCCUUCAUCUUUCACCUCCUCCCCUCCCUCAUCAUCACCCGCCUCCUCCCCUCCUUCAUCUUUCACCUCCUCCCCUCCCUCAUCACCCGCCUCCUCCCCUCCCUCAUCAUCACCCGCCUCCUCCCCUCCUUCAUCUUUCGCCUCCUCCCCUCCCUCAUCUUUCGCCUCCUCCCCUCCCUCAUCAUCACCCGCCUCCUCCCCUCCCUCAUCACCCGCCUCCUCCCCUCCCUCAUCAUCACCCGCCUCCUCCCCUCCUUCAUCUUUCGCCUCCUCCCCUCCCUCAUCAUCACCCGCCUCCUCCCCUCCCUCAUCACCCGCCUCCUCCCCUCCCUCAUCAUCACCCGCCUCCUCCCCUCCCUCAUCACCCGCCUCCUCCCCUCCCUCAUCACCUGCCUCCUCCCCUCCCUCAUCAUCACCCGCCUCCUCCCCUCCUUCAUCUUUCGCCUCCUCCCCUCCAUCAUCAUCACCCGCCUCCUCCCCUCCCUCAUCAUCACCCGCCUCCUCCCCUCCCUCAUCACCCGCCUCCUCCCCUCCAUCAUCAUCACCCGCCUCCUCCCCUCCCUCAUCAUCACCCGCCUCCUCCCCUCCUUCAUCUUUCGCCUCCUCCCCUCCCUCAAUCAUCACCCGCCUCCUCCCCUCCCUCAUCACCCGCCUCCUCCCCUCCCUCAUCAUCACCCGCCUCCUCCCCUCCCUCAUCACCCGCCUCCUCCCCUCCCUCAUCACCUGCCUCCUCCCCUCCCUCAUCACCCGCCUCCUCCCCUCCCUCAUCACCCGCCUCCUCCCCUCCCUCAUCACCUGCCUCCUCCCCUCCCUCAUCACCCGCCUCCUCCCCUCCCUCAUCACCUGCCUCCUCCCCUCCCUCAUCAUCACCCGCCUCCUCCCCUCCUUCAUCUUUCGCCUCCUCCCCUCCAUCAUCAUCACCCGCCUCCUCCCCUCCCUCAUCAUCACCCGCCUCCUCCCCUCCCUCAUCACCCGCCUCCUCCCCUCCCUCAUCAUCACCCGCCUCCUCCCCUCCCUCAUCCUCCUGUGA